AUCUUAAACAGAAACUUAUUCAGAAGGCGACAUUACCGUAGGCUCUGUUUAAAACAAGUAUGCAUGUAAAUAUAAGUUCUUCAUUGUCAAGCAUUUAUGUUUAUCUUUUAUCUUCUUUAGAAAUGCCUGAAUGCAAUGUCGAUACAAAGAAAGUCAACUUAUAGCAGGGGUAUCAGCUAAGAGAUUUAUAAAAAGCAGGGCAGGAAUAAACUUUUCACCUUUUCAUCACUCUCAUUUAACAGAUCGAAACACAUUUUUAAAGGAGCCAACCGCAGCAGGUUUCGGUUUGACUCAGUUUGAUGUUGAGCUACAAGGUGUGUUUGGUGAGUCGGUGUCAGUGACGGAGGGAGAUCCUGUGACUCUAAACACUGGUGUUAUUAAAAUAGCAAAAGACAACGACAUUCUGUGGAAAUUCGGAGCUGAAAAGACUCUCAUUGCUAAAAUGAAUAAAACUAAACACAUCUCCAUAUUUAAUGGUACUGAUGGAAUAUUCAGAGGCAGACUGAAGCUGGACAAUCAAACUGGAUCUCUGACCAUCACGAACAUCUCAACUCAACACGCUGGACUCUAUUAUGUAGAUAUUAGUGGACCAGAACUGACAUCAAAGGAAUUCAAUGUUUCUGUCUAUGCUCUGCUUGUUCCUGUCAUCAUCAGUAACUUUUCAUACUGUUUGUCAUCUUCAUCACCAUCAUCAAACUGUUCGUUGUUGUGUUCGGUGGUGAACGUGGGUCAUGUGAUAAAUAUGACUCUCUCCUGGUACAAAGGAAACAGUUUAUUGUCCAGCAUCAGUGUGUCUGAUCUCAGCAUCAGUCUCUCUCUACCUCUGGAGGUGGAAUAUCAGGAUAAAAACACCUACAGCUGUGUGAUCAACAACCCCAUCAGAAACCAGACCACACAUCUGGACUUCAGCAGACUCUGUCACACGUGUUCAGAUCAGGGCUUAUCUUUAUUGUACAAAGUGCUGAUCUCCACUGCUGCUGCUGGAUGUCUGUUGAUCCUGGCUGCAGUCGGGAUGUACUGUUUCUGCACUAGAAAAAAAGUCAUGAUCAACGAGAUCUAUGAAAAUGCUUCAACACUGCCUAAACCAAAACCAAAAAAAACGAAAUCACAGGAUCAGCUGUAUGCCAAUACCAGGCUAAUAAAUCAGCAAUGUUGAAAUAAAUGUUAGAGCUCAUCGGACACGACUCAAACGUCUUGGUUCGCAUUCAUUCUCUGCAAAGAUGGCUCUCUGUAUGAAGAUUUCAGUUUUGUUUUUUUUUUCUCUCUACUGGCAUAUAUACGUGAACUUCAUGGCCUAUUAAAACGUAUCUCACCCUUCACCGUGUUCUGCCUCUAUCACUGUAUAGUCCUAGUUAAAUAAAUGUACAUUUGAAUAUGGAUUGUGUUAUAAAAAUAAGAAAAACAAACAGCACAACGUUUCCAUGUAACAUGUAUUUUGUGGCGCAGCUCGUCCUAUUUUCGCCUGCUCGAGGGCGCUAAACUUAAAACAUAAAGCUAGGUUUUAAUAAGGUACUUUACACAAACGACCUAUAGCUAUAGUGUUUAUAUAGUGUCACGCGGGUGGUACUUAAUAGUAGGCUAACAUACACUUAUAUACACCAGCAACAUUAAUAUGCACCCUUAAGGAGUCAGUAAGAUCCCUUUUAAGGUCUCACUCCACCACUGCCCACAGCGGCCCAACACAGACGGAAAGCCUGAGUCAGCCCUAAAAACAGAGCCAGCGGAUAUAACCACCACUCAGCUAUUCUUCGCCAAAGAGCCUAUAUUAAAAAUCAGC